AUGCUCCCUGCGGCAACCGCAGCGGCAGCUAGUGGGCUCGGAGCGAACAAUAAACCAAUAUUUACUUUCACUAGACGAAAACUGCAGAUGGAGAUCAGCACUCUGGCCGCGAAACUGGACUCCAUCUUACGCAGCUCCCCUUGGAUGCGACGUAAGGUUGUGCUACAACCUCAAAUGAAUAGCCCCAGUCAACGUGGGUUCUCCAAUGUAUCGUCUCCGAGGCUGCUACCACAAAUGGAGAAGCGAAUCAUGGCCACGUUCCGACGAUUUGUUCGACUGUGGCGAGAGCGAAAGCGUCGAUCGGAACAGGCAGCUCUUAGCAUUCUUCGUCGAGAGCUUGAUGCUCAGUCUUCAAAUGUUGCGAGUAUCCUGAGCCGACGAAUGAUCGGAGAGGUACCUGCACUUAAGUUUUUCGAUGAAAUUGAGCCGCUGGCUGUCGAACAAAAAUCUUCAUCUCCGACCUCCCCGGUUCGAACUAUUGGCGAUAUGAUGGCAUCGUUAUCUCUUAAAGACGGUGGCUUGAGAUCUUCACCAGUGCGACGAGCAACACCUCGAGGUGUGUGCUACACCCUUGACGCCUCAGGUUGUCGAAGGAUAAAAAUGCAAUCCGAGAUGACGAUUGAACGAGCUACGAGCAAAAGUCUUCGACGCAAAAUGAUACGCCGUGUGAAGGUCAAACACCGAGCUAUCAGCAUGCUUACAGACGAUUUCGCACAGUCCAAGAAGGCUCUGACGGCAAAGCUAGGAUCGCAGUUGGCACUUCGUCAGGCUGAAAGUGAGAGCACGUUUGGGAAACGACUAUCACUCCAUCUUUCGAACAAUGUCGAGUUGCCUCCACACAUGACGUCCAAGGAAUUCGCCCUGGCCAGACUUCGAUUCAAGAAAGCGAAUUUACAAGCUUGUUGUCAGACAUUGGCACUGCUCGCGGCCGUGAGAUCUCCGCAGGCGAACAACGUUUUCUCCAACUUCUACGCUGCGCUGUUGAAGGUGAUCACGCGCUGA